UCUACCCAGCGUAUUGGGCCAAAAGUUGCCCACUAUUAUGCGUUGCAAACCCACGCGCUGCUCCACUCCCCUUUGCCGGUGGAUCAGAGUGUGUGCAGACGGCAGCUUAAAAUCCUUGCCGCCCGUGCACAGUCUUAAGCUCCCUCCGGCCAGCCACUAAAUUUUCUCUAUAUAAACGCGUAGCCAUAUCUGCGUUCUGAAAAAAGUAAAGAAUUGGGACGUGAUAUGGCAAUCUCUUUGGAUAGUGUUAGGGACAAGAAUUUGAUGCAGCUGAAGAAGCUCAACACCGCCCUCUUCCCUGUUCGCUACAACGACAAGUACUACACCGAUGCACUCGCUUCCGCCGAAUUCACCAAGCUAGCAUACUACAGUGACAUUUGUGUUGGUGCAAUUGCAUGUCGGCUUGAGAAAAAGGAAGGAGGUGCUGUUCGUGUAUACAUAAUGACAUUGGGUGUUUUGGCUCCUUAUCGUGGAUUAGGUGUGGGUUCAAAGCUGUUGAACCAUGUGCUUGAUCUUUGUGCUAAGCAGAAUAUCAGUGAGAUUUACUUGCACGUCCAGACAAAUAACGAUGAUGCCAUCAAAUUUUACCAAAAUUUUGGGUUUGGGAUUACAGAGACCAUCCAAAAUUAUUACACAAACAUUACACCCCCAGACUGCUACGUUGUGACCAAAUUCAUCGCCCAAACCCAGGCAAAUAAAAAGCUUCAGAUUUUCCAGUCAUAGAGUUUCCAAAACUUGUGCUUGGCUGCUUGCUAUUCUUUUCAAGGGGAAUGCACUUGUUUUUCUUUGUUGACUCUCGUGUAAGAAAACUGUAUUCUGAAGAGUUAGCAUUGUAGAAGAAACACGAUUUUGAUCCAUUCGGCCUGAAUGAUUCAGUAAGGAGAUGGAUGGAUUGAGGACAACACAAAGUUGCACUCUUCUAAUAAACCACCCACCCACUUAUCUGAAACUUAAUCGGUCAAUGAUGAUGAAGUGCAGUCAAAUAUAUGUCCUCCUACAAGUGUGUUGUGCGGCAGAUUAUGUUUGAUGAAGCUUGGGCAUGUCAUUUUCUUUUGUGAGUUAUGCAAUGUAUUAGUAAUGUUGUUUUCAAGUAAUGUAAACUUAAGCGAUACAUAACAUAUGGUGUUAUGACUUUUGCCAUAUCCGAUCUGAUAUUUUGAUGUAAUGUAAACUGAAGUGAUAUAUAUAAUAUAUGGUGUUGUUUCACCAUAUCUGAUGUUUUUGACUUGAUAUUCUCGUGUAGUUGGCUGAAGUCUGAGUUCAAUUAUUCUAAUGGGUUGGACUUCAUUUUCUGAU